AUGAAUGAUAGGACACUUCAGCUCAUAAAAGAGUGUGGCAUAAGGAACAGGCUUGAGGAUAUAUACAGAUAUGAGAGCGCAAAGGAGGCAAUGAGCAUCACUCUUGGAAACACAGGAUGCGACCAAGACUCUUUCAUAGGGUCGCACAUACUGGCGCUGAUGGAGAGCAGAGUUCCUGUCAUAAAUAUGUGUAGAAAAGUGUUUGAGUACAAACUAGAUCUGCUGUACAUUGCCAAUCUAAUGGGCUUAUCUCUCGAUGAUUUGGUUUUUUUGGAGACAAGCGGGUCUGAGCGGCUGCUUGUCAGAGGAAGAGACAGAAUAUCUUUUGGAGCAGCAAAAAUCACAGCCUUUCUCGUUGAUUUCAGCAGCCCAGAUAAGAGCUUAACGAGAUAUGGCGCAUUUUCUGUAGAUAAAAUAGUUGAUCACAGAAAAAUACUCGAGAUGGACACGAUAUGCAAAGAGGCACACUGUGUAUGGGUUGAGCUAAACGUGGGGUCUUGCUGCAGCCUAGUUUUUCACUACAUCAAAACAUACCAUAUGGACAAGAUCAGCACAUCCCCCAAGCGGUUUAUGUUUCUCUUUCUUCUAAUAAUUGCUAUCCUAACAGACACAUCGUUCUUAACAGAAAGAGUGCACAGUCUGGACAGAUCUGCAGUCCAAGAAAUACUUUCAUUCACUGGAGAGGAAAUGAGAGGAACACAAAGUAUUUAUGAACAAGUGAGAGAGCUGCAGGAGAGCGAAGAAAAAGUGGACACAGAAAUAAUUUUGCAAAUGUGCCACAAAAGAACUGCAUACACAGACGGUUCAGGAAGGUUCUUUGGAACAAGCACUGUGCACUUUGGAUACGAUGACUGGGUGGCAAGAGAUACAAAGAAAACAUUUUUAUCAAAAAUAGCAGAGUUUACAUCCAAUAAAGAGUACGAGUUUCUUGUCAUAAACAGCCACUCGCACGGCGUCAGAGAGUUCUUCAUAUAUCCACCGCCAAAGAUUGAGUUUGUGCGAGAGGUGCUGUAUAGAAAUCAAGAAAUAGACAAAAGAGAAAUAAAGAACGAUCCUGAGCUAGCUGUUUACAGAACGGACAAGAGUUUCACGGGAAAAGUAGUUAUACCCAAUAUUUUAGAUUAUUUAUCCAAGGCGGAAAAUGCUAAAAAAACAGGCAAAUUGUAUCAAAGUGUUAUUUUUAUUCAGUAG